GUGUCUUGAAAUCUGAGGAUUCUACCCAGAUAAUAUGAUAGGUACUCUGAGGGAUUUGGGGCCGUAUCCUACUUAGACUAAUGUGAGACAUCCAGACCUCCUGGGAACUUCUUACCGUGCAGUCCACGGCUCACUAGUUGGCACAUGUCAUAAUGCCAUCUCUGCCUCAGGAAGGAGUUAUUCAAGGAACCUCUCCCUUGGAACUGAACACAGAAUUAGCUUAUCAAAGCAGCAUGAAAAGGAAAGCCAGAAAGAAGAAAAAGAAGGGGGUCAUUACAGCAAAUGUUUCUGGGACAAAGUUUGAAAUUGUUCGUUUAGUCAUCGAUGAAAUGGGAUUUAUGAAAACUCCUGAUGAGGAUGAAACAAGUAACCUCAUAUGGUGUGACUCUGCUGUUCAGCAGGAGAAGAUUUCAGAGCUGCAAAAUUACCAGAGGAUCAACCAUUUUCCAGGAAUGGGGGAGAUCUGUAGGAAGGAUUUCUUAGCAAGAAAUAUGACCAAAAUGAUCAAGACUAGGCCUCUGGAUUAUACUUUUAUUCCUCGAACAUGGAUUUUCCCUGCUGAAUACACUCAAUUCCAGAAUUAUGUGAAAGAACUGAAGAAAAAACGGAAACAGAAAACUUUUAUAGUAAAACCAGCUAAUGGUGCAAUGGGUCACGGGAUUUCUUUGAUAAGAAAUGGUGACAAACUUCCAUCUCAGGAUCAUUUAAUUGUCCAAGAAUACAUUGAAAAGCCUUUCCUCAUGGAGGGUUACAAGUUUGAUUUACGAAUUUAUAUUCUGGUAACAUCAUGUGAUCCACUGAAAGUCUUUCUCUAUCAUGAUGGACUUGUGCGAAUGGGAACAGAGAAGUACAUCCCACCAAAUGAGUCCAAUUUGACGCAGUUAUACAUGCAUCUGACAAACUACUCCGUGAAUAAGCAUAAUGAGCAUUUUGAGCGAGAUGAAACAGAAGACAAAGGCAGCAAACGUUCCAUCAAAUGGUUUACAGAAUUCCUACAAGCAAAUCAACAUGAUGUUACUAAAUUUUGGAGUGAUAUUUCAGAAUUGGUGGUAAAGACUCUGAUUGUGGCAGAACCUCACGUCCUGCAUGCAUAUCGAAUGUGCAGACCUGGCCAGCCUCCAGGAAGCGAAAGCGUCUGCUUUGAAGUGCUGGGAUUUGAUAUUUUGCUGGAUAGAAAACUAAAGCCAUGGCUUCUGGAGAUUAACAGAGCCCCAAGUUUCGGAACUGAUCAGAAAAUAGACUACGAUGUCAAAAGAGGAGUAUUGCUCAAUGCACUGAAACUGCUGAACAUCAGGACCAGUGAUAAAAGGAGAAACUUGGCCAAGCAAAAAGCUGAGGCUCAAAAGAGGCUAUAUGGUCAGAACUCAAUAAGAAAGCCCUUACCUGGUUCUUCUGACUGGGAGUAUCAGAGACACCAGUUGGAGAGGCGAAAAGAAGAAUUGAAAGAGAGACUUGCUCAAGUACGAAAGCAGGUCUCCCGAGAAGAACAUGAAAAUCGACACAUGGGGAAUUACAGACGAAUUUAUCCUCCUGAAGAUAAAACAUUACUUGAAAAGUAUGAAAAUUUGUUAGCUGUUGCCUUUCAGACCUUUCUUUCAGGAAGAGCAGCUUCAUUCCAACGAGAGCUAAAUAAUCCUUUGAAAAAGAUGAAGGAGGAAGAUAUUCUGGAUCUUCUCGAACAGUGUGAAAUUGAUGAUGAAAAGUUGACGGGAAGAGCGAUUAGGCCUCGAGGACCAAAGCCCUUGUGUUCAAUGCCAGAGAGCACUGAGAUCAUGAAAAGACAGAAGUACUAUAGCAGUGACAGCAGUUAUGACAGCAGCAACAGCUCUUCAGAAUCAGAUGAGAAUGAAAAAGAAGAGUAUCAAGAGAAGAAAAGAGAAAACCAAGUUUCGUACAGUUUUAAGCUCUCUAACCACUGCAGAUUAAUUCAACAAUCCAGUACCAUGAGGCGUUCAGUCAGCUGCCCUCGGUCCAUCUCUACUCACUCAUCUUCCAGUGGGGACACUCGCCCCCUUUCUGCUCAACAGGUGGUAUCAAUGUCACGACCAACUUCAGCAUCUCGGUCGCAUUCCUUAAGCCGUGCUUCUUCCUACGUGAGACCUCUGCCUCACAGUGGUGACAUGGUGUCUACCAGUUCACAGUCGAGUGAAUCUUUGCGGCAACUGAAAACGAAAGAACAAGAAGAUGAUCUAACAAGUCAGACCUUAUUUGUUCUCAAGGAUAUGAAGAUCCGGUUUCCAGGAAAGUCAGAUGCAGAAUCAGAACUUCUAAUAGAAGAUAUCAUCGAUAACUGGAAGCAUCAUAAAACAAAAGUGGCUUCCUACUGGCUCAUAAAAUUGGACUCUGGAAAACAACGGAAGGUUUUGGACAUAGUAAAAUCAAGUGUCCGAACAGUUCUUCCUCGCAUCUGGAAGGUACCUGAUGUUGAGGAAGUUAGUUUAUAUCGGAUUUUCAACCGGGUUUUUAAUCGCUUACUCUGGAGUCAUGGCCAAGGAUUGUGGAGCUGUUUCUGUGAUUCAGGAUCCUCUUGGGAGAGCAUAUUCAGUAAAAGCCCUGAGGUGGUGACUCCUUUACAGCUCCAAUGUUGUCAGCGCCUGGUGGAGCUUUGCAAACAGUGCCUGCUAGUGGUUUACAAAUACACGAUGGACACAAGAGGAUCACUGUCAGGCUUUGGUCUUGACUGGGGAAGUUCCAGGUAUUUGCUACCAGGAAGUACCCAAUACUUCAUGAGAACACCAAGCUGCCACAUGAGAUACAGUUCAUCUGGAAUGACUCGCUCCAAUGCGUUGUUUACACCUCGAUAUGGCCAUUUUUUAAACUGAAAGGAAGAUUGCCAUGAGAUAGGCAUAAUAGCAAUUCAUUUAUUUUCUUAAGUUGAACAUGCAAAGAAAGUUACCAUUAAGUGCUGUUUUAUGUAUAUAUGACAUAUAUGGGUGUAAAAAUGCAAACAUACAUGCACUUCAAUAACAUAUAUUUAUUAUAAUAUAUGAAAGAAGAAUUAGCAGGAAACUUAGUAUAUAAAGCCUAACCUUUCUGGAAAUGUAAUAAACCAUGUUGAAAAUUGUUUACA